ACAACGGGUACGACGCUGUGGCUCGGCGCACAAGUGCUCUCCGCGUACCUCGCCUCCGCGAUCGAGUUCAAGCCGAACCGGGGGCGCGCGCUCGAGCUCGGCGCCGGCGUAGGGUAUCUCGCCCUCACGCUCGCGAGUCUCGGCUACGACGUCGUGACCUCGGACAUUGAGCCGGUCGUGUCGCGCGUGCUUGCGCCAAACGCGGCGGCCGCGCCGCGCGGGUGUGGCGCGAUCGACGCGCGCGAGAUCGACUGGUUCGACGCGGUGCGGGCCGCACAAGCCGGCGAAGCAGGAACAGAGGGAAGGACGGAGAGCCUUGCCCUCUUGGACGCGCAGUACGACAUCGUGGUCACGACCGACACGAUCUACGCGCCGGAGAUGACGCCGGCGCUGUGGGCGGCGCUGGAGCGCGCCGCGGCGCCCAAGCCCGGCCGGCGGACGCCGACGGUCUACAUCGGACUCGAGCGGCGCGAUCCGCGCGUCGUGGAUGCCGCGCUCGAGAUGGGGCGCCAGAGGGGGUGUACGAUGCGGCGCGUGGCGCAUGCGCGGCUCGUCAAGGCGCUCGAGAAGGCGGGGUGGCAGUGGGCCGACGAGGAUUGGGAGGGCAUCGAGGUGUGGAAG